UUACAGCCAUUAGAGAGAUAGGGUUUGCAGCUUGUGAGGAAAAGCUUCCCAGUCGCGACAAUGGCCGUCGGAAAGAACAAGCGGAUUUCCAAGGGGAAGAAGGGAGGGAAGAAGAAAGUUGCCGAUCCGUUUUCCAAGAAGGACUGGUAUGAUAUCAAGGCUCCCGCAGUUUUCAAAAUCAGAAAUGUGGGGAAAACACUUGUUACCCGAACUCAAGGAACCAAGAUUGCUUCUGAAGGGCUCAAACACCGUGUCUUUGAGGUUUCUAUGGCUGAUCUCCAAGAUGAUGACGAGAGGACCUAUAGAAAGAUCCGUCUCAGAGCAGAGGAUGUUCAAGGAAAAUCUGUCCUUACCAACUUCUGGGGGAUGGAUUUCACUACAGAUAAGCUGAGGUCACUGGUGAAGAAAUGGCAGUCCCUAAUCGAGGCACAUGUUGAUGUCAAGACAACAGAUAAUUAUACCUUAAGAAUGUUCUGCAUUGGAUUCACUAAGAAGCGAAGUAACCAACAAAAGAGAACAUGCUAUGCACAAUCCAGCCAGAUUCGUCGGAUCCGCCGCAAGAUGAUAGAGAUCAUGGCCAACAGUGCGCAGGGUACUGAUCUGAAGGGUCUGGUAGAGAAGUUCCUUCCCGAAACGAUUGGUAACGAGAUUGAGAAGGCCACUACACACAUCUACCCUCUCCAGAAUGUUUUUAUCCGCAAGGUCAAAAUCCUAAAGGCUCCUAAGUUUGACCUCAGCAGGCUGAUGGAGGCUCAUGGAGGUCAUGAAGAUGUCGGCAUGAAGAUUGACCGGCCUGCAGAGGAUACCGUGGCGGAGGCUGUCGAACCUGUUGGAGCUUAAUUUUUUUAUGCUUUCUUUGUUAAUUUCCCUCUUUGACCUUCCUUCGAUGGGAAACUGUACCUUAGUUUGUUUGGGUUUUAUGGGGAAUUUUGUGAUAGACUGCUAAGGAGACCCUUUUUUCUUUCUUUAUAUGUCUGUUCUCUGUUGGGUUAUUCUAAACACUUCCAUCUUUCAAAUUUUGACCUCUGCGUUAAAAUACUCUCCACUCUUCCAAAUUAGGAGUUGCUGGUGUGUUCCAAAAUAUGUUUGGUUAAUUUUAUUUCACAUAUUUAAGGUUUAUUCUCCAAAAAAAAAAUUUAUAGAUGUCUU